UGUUUUUCUAUUUCGUCUGCAGGUUUAAUUUCGGUUUGUUUGUUUUCGUCUCUUUCAAUUAUGUCCCGAGGCCGUGGGUCGUCCGAGACGAAAGUGUAUGUUGGCGAUUUGAGUCCGAGCACGUCCAAGGAUGAGAUCGAAUCCGCGUUUGGGUAUUACGGGAAUCUGCGCAACGUUUGGGUCGCUAGGAACCCUCCCGGGUUCGCGUUCAUCGAGUUUGAUGAUCUACGUGAUGCAGAAGACGCUGUUCGUAACUUGGAUGGGAAGAGGAUCGGUGGACGACGAGUUCGCGUGGAAAUUUCGACGGGAAAGGCGCCACGGUCCCGAGGCGGCUCUCGAAGCAGUAGUCGGCGCCUAAAGCCGUUUAAUCCGACGGAUCGGUGCUAUCGUUGUGGGAUUCGAGGCCAUUAUGCUUAUGAUUGCGAAGACUCGAAACGUCGCAGGGCGUGUCUCUCGUGCGUUUGUUUCGAGAGACGACGACUCGCCGAGAAAAUGUUGAUCGUCGUGUGAUCAGUGAUUACGUGUGAUCAAUGAUCAAUGAUGAGUCGGCGUCGCCUCGACUACUACUACUACUACUCCGUGCCACUUCCUGAGAACCUACUUGAUCUUCUUCUACUUAUCCGGGUUCGACUGUGAAGAGAAGAGUUGGGUCUAGGUCGCCGUUGUCUCGUUCCCGGUCUCGCACACCGCCGCCGCGGAAACGCAGGAGGUCUUCGCCGCCGCCCGUGCCGCCGAGAUCUCGGUCCCGCUCGAGGUCUGUGUCAUCGGAGGACUCGAGAAGUCCGUCUAGGUCCCCCUUGCCGCCACCACCGUCUUCGUCGUCAAGGAACAAGUCAGGCAGUCGGGGUGGUGGUGGACGUCGCAGUCGGAGUAGGUCCAGGUCGUCUCGUUCGCCGCCGCCCAAGCGACGAGUGGGCAAAAGUAGGAGUCCUCCUUCGGGGGUCUCGUCUCCUGCAAGUCGUGAUUCUCGCUCAAGAUCCCCGCCCGCAAGAAAGAACGGACGCAGUCGGAGUCGUUCUUCCAGCCGGUCGGACUGACGGAGGGGGUUUUUUAAAGAUUAGUUUUGCUUUUGAUGAUGAUGGGCGAUAUGUGUGUGUGUUGAGAGAGCGAGAGACACGUUGCUGGAGAAGAAGAAGAAAAGGAAAUUCCGGAAUUGGUGCGCCAUGGUUCUUUUUUGUUUUUGUUUUGUUCUUUUACGUUUGUUUCGUCGUCAUCAUCAUCAUGAUCGUGUGCCUUUCGCGCAUUGGUUUCCUUCUUUUUCUUUGGGCGAGUGUGCGUUUUUUAUGGCGAAGAAAUUUUGCAGAUUUACCUCGAAUUAAGGGAGGGGUGGUUGUUUUCUGCGCGGGGUUGGUCGAAGGUAUAGUGAGACUAGCGAGUGAGUGGUGGACAUCCUUCCCUCUCUUCGGGCCGAAGAGAGGGGGGUGUGAUUUUCCUCCCCCACUGUACUGCGUGUACCGCCCCCGGAGCGAGUCGUCAUUCCCAAUUGCUUAGGCCUUGUGUUCUCGGAUGGACGAGAUAGGCUUGCACUGCGUUUCUUUGAAGCGUCCAAGAAAAAUAAAAAGCGAUGACUCGUUGAGAUCGGUGAAAUUA